CUUCAUGGUGCUACAAACAAAGGCCAGGAGUGAUCCAUACGGCUAAAAGCAAGGGUGGUUUUGUGUUGAAAUUUGUUUCUUGUAAGCGGUUUUCAGGAAGUUGUUUUGUUCGAAAAGCGGUUUGUCUCAUAGUUCCGCGGAGGCUUUCAACGUUUCUGACAAUUGCAGUAAGGUGUUUCUGUUAAGGCUUUCGUGAACAUGGCAAAUCCGAGGGUGUUCUUCGACAUUCAGAUCGGUAACAGUCAAGCUGGUCGGAUUGUGAUGGAAUUGUACGCGGACAGUACCCCUAAAACGGCUGAGAAUUUCCGAGCCCUGUGUACGGGCGAGAAAGGCAGUGGCCGGUCCGGAAAGCCUCUGCACUUCAAGGGCUCUAAGUUCCACCGAGUGAUUCCAGGGUUUAUGUGCCAGGGCGGCGAUUUUACCCGCGGCGAUGGCACGGGUGGGGAAUCUAUCUAUGGCAGCAAAUUCGCCGAUGAGAACUUCUCCAAGAAGCACACGGGCCCUGGAAUCUUGUCCAUGGCGAAUGCUGGGCCUAAUACCAAUGGCUCUCAGUUUUUUCUCUGCACUGCACAGACUUCCUGGUUGGAUGGCAAACAUGUUGUGUUUGGUCAAGUUGUGGAUGGAAUGGAUGUUGUGCGCGAGAUUGAGAAGGUGGGAUCAAGCGGCGGCAACACCUCUAAACCUGUGCUCAUUGCUGACUGUGGUCAGCUUUGAAAGUUUAAAGAAUUUCUGGCAAUUACCAUUAGGAUUUCAUAGGGUUCAUGUAACCCUUCUGGCUUGUUUUAGCAGUAGUAAUCUUUUAAAAUAAUCUGUAGGACGGAGGCUAGUUUGUUUAGAUUUGCAUACAAAAACUCUAUUUAGAUGAUAAGGAUUUUGUUUGCGAUCUGAUUAGUCAAGUUGUCAAUUUAGCGAGGUUAUAGAUUAGAAAACCUUUUAUCACGAAGUACCUACUAAUAUGGUAAAAAAAAAUUUGUCUGCUUUA